GGCAGUAGUCAACCCGCGAUUCUGAUCGCAUCAACCACUUUGCACCUGUGAUCAUGCUCGCCGCCAAUCUCUCGUGGGCAGACAAGGCAAUCCUUUAACUUGCGCGGGCUCCCGGAGAUCCUUACUCGCCGUUACUAUGAUAGCAAGGCUGAAACAAGGUUGAACGGCAUCGGCGGAGCGGCCGUCUUAGUAUAUAUGCAUGAUUCCCCGACCAUACUGUACAUUGCUGUCUGCUAGCAGCGCACCGACAUGGCGAUGGAUCCCACCUCGUUGAAGCAACUCAAAACGCGCCGCGGCAUCAACUACAGCUACUUUGUCUCGACUGGACAGCCUUCUAGUCUAACUUUGCUCCUGCUUCAUGGCUUCCCCUCCACUGCGUACGACUGGCAUCUUCAGCCGCUGGAUCCAUUGCUCUACAAGCAGAGCGAGAUGAGUAAGGAUAUCAUUGACAUCCUCGAUGCCGAGGAUGUCGAGAAGGCUAUCGCGAUCGGACACGACUGGGGGUGUGCCUUGGUGUCGCGUCUCGCGAAUUACUUCCCGGAACGCUUCCUCGCAUUCGCGUUCCUGGCUGCUGCAUUGGCUGGCACCAAACAAGUCUUAGGAUAUGAGGCGUACGGAUACUGGGAGUUCUUUGUGAGGGAUGAAGAAGCAGACCGGAUAAUCAAAGACCAUUGGGAGUCGUUUUUCAGUCUCCUAUACCCAUCCGACCCUGGCAGCAUCUGGCGCACGCACCUAUGCCCUCGAGGCGGCAUCAAAGCAUACCUGUUAAGCGGGGAUAUUGCUCCAUCUCCAUCCUACCUGACCGAGACUGACAAGAACGCCAUCUCGACCGCCGUCCUUACCAGUGGCCUCAAAGGCGCCUUCAACUGGUACCGGAUCAUGCUCGACGGUAUUGCUGACUCAGACGACAAGCAGAUACCAGAGUCGAGGCGGACCAUCACGCAGCCAGUGUUCUUCGGCGCGGCAAAGCGCGACUACGUCUGCGUGCCGGCGCUGGCACUGGCGCGUAUGAAAGAGUUUUGUCCGGAUUUGACCGUGAAGGAGUUUGAUUUAGGGCAUUGGGUGCAGCUCGAGGCUCCAGACGAGGUCAAUUGCGAGUUGGCGGCUUGGAUUCAAGGGGUGACGAAGGCUAAAUUGUAGAUCGAAUGCAUGUGUAUCUGUGUUGGGUCUUUCAAA